CAUGCCCGAAUCACUUAUCUGGAACUGUAAAUGCUGGAGUAAAACAAACAGGAACCAGAGUGAACUGAUCAUCCCCAAUUCUACAAUACCUCUAGGGUUAGGGUUUUCUUCUUCAUCAAAAACAAAAAGAAUAAUUGGUUAUUAUUAUAAAAAUGAAAGCAAAGCAAUUACUCAAUGACAAGAAAUUCUGGUUUGCUUCUUUUCUCAUUGGUUGGGCUGCUGCACUCCAGGGACAUAUGAUGUGGUUACAGAGACAAGAUUCUUUCAAGCAGAAGUUUGGGACAUUGAACCAAAAUGAUAAUGACAGUAAUGGUGCCCACGAAUUUAGGGAAAGUGAGGAUUUUUUGAAGGAAUGAUGAUGAUGACGAGACUGAUAUCGAUAAUUGUGUUUGUAAAGAGAAACGUUUUGUUCAUUUAGGAUACUUGAGCAUUGGACAGACUGCUUACGGCAAGUGUGUGGAAUUGAGUACUGAGAGUUGCUAUGCAAUCAUGUAUUAGAAUUUUUGUGGCAUUCUCUAGAACACAAAUAUCAUGAAAUGUGCUUAGGUGGGGGCCAAGGGAGCAUUUAAUGAUGGUUUUAUAGAUGUAAGAUUGACAGUUUUCCAGAGAUAAGUUGUAGAUCUCAUUCAGUAAGACUUAGGGUGUAAAACCUUGGUCUAACCAGCUGAAAAAAAAUCCAAGUUGGAAUUAUGGUUUAAUGGGAUAUAUUUCUUUGA